AAUGACAUGAGCUCAGAUAAAAGCAUGGGUCACCAUUGGACAAGUUCACUUUGACUUAGGACCCAGCCGGCUGCAAGUAACUGAGUGCUACUAUAUUAUUAAUACUUGUUUAAAUUAUAUACAAAUGCAGCAUAUCAAAGAGGAAUUUCACAACAAACUAAAAAUGGGUGCCAUUGAAGAAGUAUCUUCUAACAAAAUAUUUGGGGGUUAUCAAAAGGUGUACUCCCAUGAGUCUUCAGAACUAAAAUGCAAAAUGAAUUUCUCAAUCUACCUGCCGCCUCAAGCCGAGGGUGGUGAUGUAAAGCUUCCAGUUAUCUUCUAUCUAUCCGGCCUCACGUGCAAUGAGCAAAAUUUUAUUACCAAGUCUGGUUUCCAAAGAUAUGCUGCUGAGCAUGGCAUCAUUGUUGUGGGCCCUGAUACAUCUCCCAGAGGAGUGAAGGUACCAGGUGAUGAUGAAUCAUGGGAUUUUGGUGUAUCUGCUGGAUUUUACUUAGAUGCUACUCAAGAGCAAUGGUCCAAAAACUACAGAAUGGGCAGUUAUGUGAACAAAGAGUUGUAUGAAUUGAUUCAGCAAGCUUUUAGCAAUGUUGUUGACCCUAAGAGGUUCGGCAUAAUGGGGCACAGCAUGGGAGGUCAUGGUGCUUUAGUUUCCACUCUGAGAAACCCUGGUUUAUACAAGUCUGUGAGCGCAUUUGCGCCUAUCUGUAACCCAUCCGCCUGCCCAUGGGGAGUAAAGGCCUUUACUGGAUACUUGGGUGAAGACAAGAGCAAAUGGGUUGAAUGGGAUGCUACUGAGCUUGUCAAGAAAUAUGAUGGUCCUCCACUAACACUCCUCAUUGAUCAGGGAAGUGCAGACAAAUUUUACGUUGAGAAACAACUCCUACCCGAGAAUUUAGUCGAGGCCUGCCGCUCGGCCGGAGUACCUAUAAUCCUGAACCUACGAGAAGGAUAUGAUCACUCUUACUACUAUAUUUCGACCUACCUCAAUGAACAUUUCGAGUUCCAUGCAAAGAUACUCAAGGCCUAAUUGCAAUCAUCGUCUGGCAGCCGUCUAAUACAAAUUGUGUAUGUAUAGUAUUUAUACCAGUGCAUUUUUUAAAGUUAAAUAUUGUCUAACAAUAUUUUUAGAUGGUAAAGGAAAAUAUUUUUUUAUAUGGGGAGAGGAUAGGGUAAAAUGAUUUUUAAAAAUAAAAUAGAAAUAUGUGAUUG